AUGCAAAUUGGCCUACACGUUGUUGGAUCAGGACAAGACUUUUCGAGGACCAGACUCGAUUCAGGAUAUGAAGACAAGCUCUUUAGGUCACAGCUCUGGGCCCACUGUCUCAUUAUUAGCCACGACACUGCACUUCGCGAAGGUCUUCCACCCAUGACGGUGGGCUGCUCAACAGUUCUUGGGCCAGAUGAUGAGGCAUUGAUCUCUGACUUUCCCGAGGAUCUGAGAUUGCGGCGGAAGAUGCACAAUAUCAUGGCAUCGGCGACAGCCGCGAUCAUGAAGGUGCUGCAAGACGCCCCCGCCUCCUCCCAACCGCAUGCUCUGGCCUCAUUCAUAAACGUUUUCGACGCACAAAUGACAGAGAUGCUCGGACAAUGCCAUUCACUGAUCAGUCUCCUCUAUGCGCAGAGCUACCGUUUGCACCUGCUGGCCUACCACUUUUUUGAAAGGCCACAUGACGACAACCGUGCUGGCCUGGUUCAACUUCACUCCGCGGCGUGUUCACUUAUCCAUACGCUCACAACUGAGGACCAGAAAUGCGAAGUGUCGCAGGUUUUGCCCGUGUUCAUCGAGCGAACAGUCUCACUGGCAGCUUUCUCAGUCCUAAAGAUAUGUAGAAGCACCUGGGCAAUGCAUUUCAACCCGGAGGUCAGCGAGAAAGCAUAUUUUGACGCCAUCCUCCUGAACCGCCGAGCUUCUUUGCAGAAUGACGAUCUCGGCGCCCGUGCCUGUGCUCUCAUGAGUCAACUAUGGACAAGUAAGAGCAUCUUUCGGCACGCAAAUGGCUCAAUGCACAGCCUGGGUACUCGUAUUCGGAGUAGGCUAUCUAUGAGUGUGGUUUUCGACUGCUUUUGGUGGUGGAGAGAGGAGUUCGGUGGGCAGCCGAGCCCCUACCACGAAGACACACCAGAGACACCUCCAUCAGUGCGUACCAUCACAGAACCAGACCAGGGGCAAAACAGCGGGACACAGUGGCCUCAGAUGGGCCAGCCAUACAGUAUCCUAACGGGCACGGGGUUGGAACUGGACAGCAUGCCUCCCUUACCCGACGGCCCAUUUCCAGACUUUGACUGGGCAGCAAAUUUUGACUUUUCCGAUGUCAACUGGUCGCCAAGCGCAUUCCAUGGGAGCUUCGUCAUGCGGCCAUCAGUUCCUGCAGUCUACUAUCGCGGAGGCAGCAGCAAAGCUGUUUUCUUUCAUGAAGAUGAUGUUCCAGAGCCUGGGCCGGCACGGGACACUUUUAUUAAACGCUUGAUGGGCACUCCCGACCCAAUCCAAGUUGAUGGGAUGGGCGGGUCUCGAGUAAUCACGUCAAAGGUUGCUCUGGUCAGGACCUCAGCACGUCCAGAUGCCGAUGUCGACUACACAUUUUGUCAGGUCGGUAUCACGGAUGACACCGUUGGAUACACAGGCAAUUGCGGCAACAUAUCUGCAGCUGUUGGGCCUUUUGCGAUCGAAGAGCGUCUUGUCAAAUCAAACGCACCGGGGGUGACCAUUACGAAAGGGUAUCCAACGCGAUUAGUCCGUAUCUACAAUACAGGAACAGACAAAGUCCUUAGGGCGCACGUCUCUGUGGAUGCAGAUUCAGGAGAGGUCGUCGAAUCUGGCGAUUUCUCAAUCGCCGGAGUCCCUGGCACUGGAGCUGCAAUUUUAAUGGAUUACAGUCAAACAAUUGGAGCAGCAUAUGGCAAGGGACUCUUACCCUCAUCUUGUGUUCUAGAUAACAUUGAAGUAGCUGGAAGGCCGGUGGAGAUUACAAUCUGCGACGUGGCAAACCCCAUCAUCUUUGUGGCGGCUCAAGAUUUCGGCCUAUCUGGGAGUGAAACCGCAGAGCAGAUGAACGACCCAGCCAUUAUUGCGGUGCUCAAAGAGGUACGAGGAAAGGGUGCUCAUCUGCUAGAUCGCUGCAAGGACUGGCAAGAAGUUGACAACGAGUCUCCCUUCCUGCCAAUGGUAGUUACGGUUGCCAGGGACAAUACCGGACUUGGCCACGUUCUAUCGCGCCUCAUCCUCGACAAUCGGUGUCAUGACUCGAUGGCCGGCACUGGGGCUAUUUGCACAGCAGCAUGCAGCCGCAUCCCUGGAUCGGUCGUCAGCAAGCAGUUGCCCUCAGGGGCUUGUGAAGAGAAAACACUCAAGAUCCACCACCCUCUGGGUAUCAUGCAAGUUGCUGUGUCGGUACAGGAGAUGAAGGGGUCUUUCCCGCACUUCGAAAGUCUUUCAUUCAUCCGCACUGCUCGGAGGAUCAUGACCGGUGCACUGAAUCUCCCUCCAGAGAUGGCAGAUCGAGCACGAGAACCCCCUUCGGCUGCCGACGCCACUGUCAGCACGUCUAGGCCGGUCACGAGAGAGUUUUCCGACUUCGUGCACGAUACAACACUAGAAGAUAUUCCAAUCGGUGCGAUAGAAAAGAUCGAGGAGCUACUUAUUGACCAUAUUGGAGUCGCAUCCGGCGCGGCCAUGCAUGCGGAAUCCAGCAAGGCGUUUAUCAAGGCAACCCGUGCCCUCGAUCUCCAAGGCGGGCAAAGUACGGUCUAUACUCAAGGCCCAACCUUUUCUAUGCCGACUGCGGCGCUGCUCAAUGCUGCCUUUGCACACUCUUUCGACUUUGACGACACCUUCGCAGCCGGUGCAAGCCAUCCUGGCGCAGCACUGAUUGCUGCCGCACUCGUGCAAGCUGAAGCUUUGGUCUCAACUGGUCAGGAUCUGCUCGUAGCUCUCGCUGUCGGGUAUGAGGUCUCAGUUCGCCUUGCCCGUGCUAUGGGCACCGGUGGCUAUUCCAGGGGCUUCCACAACACCUCGACCGCCGGUGUGUAUGGUGCUGUUGCUGCAAUCGCAAAAUUACGCAAGUUGCCAGCUACACAGAUUGAGAAUGCCUUUGGUCUAGCGGGAUCCAGAGCGUCAGGGUCAAUGCAGUUCCUGGAGAACGGCGCCUGGAACAAGCGCCUGCAUCCUGGGUUCGCUGCCCACGACGCAUUUGUAUGUGUUGCGCUCGCCGAGGCUGGCGUGCUUGGCGCAUCAAGGAGCAUCGAAGGUCGUUGGGGAUUCUUGAAUGCCUAUUCCACUUCGCCCAAUGUCGACGGUCUUACAGAUGCGCUUCGGACAGAGUGGCUAUUCACCUCGACAGCACUCAAGCCAUUUCCAGCUUGCCGUAUGACUCAUAGUGCAAUCGAACUCGCUGCUAGCAUGGCUGCCAAAUACGAAGAUUGUCCGGCAAAGUUAAUCGUCCGUCUAUCUCCGGCAUGCUAUGCUAUCGUAGGGAAUCCAACAUCCAACAAGCGCCAUCCCAUCACAGUUGUUGACGCUCAGUUCAGCAUCUAUUACCAGAUUGCUGUCGCCUGGCUGUAUGGCGCCCAGCUCGGAUGGAAAGCGUACGAUUCCAAGCUCAUGGCAGACACGAAAGUGCACCAGCUUUGCGAGCGGAUUGAAGUUCUUCAUGACUCCUCUGUUUGUGAUCUUGAAGCUCAAAUUCAGCUUGUCGGGCAUCAUCAGACUGUACUGGAGACUAGGUCUCUCUGCCAUCCUCUCGGCGAAGUACAGAAUCCAUUCAGUCAUGAAAGAGUCAAAGAAAAGUUCAAGAGCCUAGUGGUUCCGAUAAUUGGAUCCGAGGCCACUGAAAAGAUUAUCUCGGCCAUUCAAAAUCUGGCACAGAAGGAGAUAACAGCAAAAGAUCUACUAGGAUUCAUUUCCACACCUAUAGCAGAUACCUAG